CAUGUUGGCGAUUUAAAGAAAUUUGCAACACAGUUUAGUACUAGUAGUCUUUUGGUCUUUUCUUUGUAAGUCAAUAAUCAACAUUCGAAAAUAGUUUUAUGACUGUGCACUUGUUCGGGGAAUUUCAAUAUAACAAAUGGUGUUUCAAAAAAUAAAGUUACGUUGAUUGUUCGCUAAAGUUGCGUAGCUGCCUGUGUUUCCAUUGCAAUUUGUGCUCGUGAUAUUUUGCACGGUUUUCAUAAAUUGAGUAGUGUAGUGAAGAAGCAACCAAGUGCAAAGGAUAGUCGGCCAUUUUGUCAGACCGGCAGUGUAACUGAUUAAAGUCUUGCAAUUUGGUGAAGCCCACGGUUAAUUUCUAGGGUCAGAUUUACGGAAUCAAGAUUACCUCUCGGCAUUAAACUUGCCUAAUUCGAAUAACCUCAUUGACGAUAUGUUCACCAAUCGCUGUUUUCAUUAAAGUCGAGAUAUACAAUUUUCACAAUGACAUAUGACACCGGUGGUCGGGCGGUGGAGCCUCCGGUAGAGCAGAGUGAUUCUCACACUACCAGCAAUGUAGAACAGCACGAGCCAAGCCCCGCAGAACUUAUUGGCAGUUUCCCGGAAGAAAAACUAUCGUCGUUGAACAUCAAAAUUUCCAGUUCGCGCUGGGUAGUCCCAGUGCUGCCGAAUCAGGAACUAGAAUGUCUGCUGAAUGCUGCUAUCAAGCUCUCGGAGGCCGGAAUCGAUAGUCAAUGUGAGCCAUGCGUAAAAUUCUAUCGUGAAGACUUGACAACAUCGUUUAUGAAAAUUUUAACUGAUGAAGCAGUUUCAUCGUGGAAAUAUAAUAUUCAUCACUGCAUUCUUAUGUCGUGCAGUAAAUUGCUGCAUUUGAUUGCAUUACACAUGAAAGACGACAAUCUGCAUCUGCUCAAUUUGUUAGCGGUUGUCUUCGAUCCAGAGAAUAAAUUCCAUACACAAAAUGCGUCCCGCCAGUUAGAGCUACAUUUGGCUUUAGGUGAUCCACUCCCAGAUGGGUUAACUUUUGCCCGAUCUCCUCCAGAGCCAAAGAAUCCGCGUGGUUGGUUAGUAGAUUUAAUUAAUCGUUUUGGAGAGCAUAAAGGGUUCGACAACUUUUUGGACCGCAUGAAUAUUGGCAUCGAUUUGUUUCAAAAGCAGCGUGCUGCAGGGAGCGGAACACUACGAACACCUCAGACUAAUUCAUCAAAUGAAAAUGUUCAAUCAGAAGCAAAUGUCUCAGCUAGUCCAAACAGCACUGCAUCGAAUAACCAAGGAAAACUAUCUUUAUCCAUAUUAUACACAUUACUGCGACCAUUUGGACAAUGUGCUGAGCUGCUAACUGUUUCCACGGUUGAGAUAUAUUUUAUGCCAAUAUGGGAUGUGGUUUUAGAAAUUUUGAAUACAUUAUCUGACGACGAAUUAAAACGCGAAGCCAAGUUUGAUGGCAAAAAUGAUAUCAUUACGGGCAUAGUAAAAUAUGCUCGUUCUUUGAUCGCUCGCGUUCCGAAUCAGGAAAACUUACAGCGUACUUUCGAGAUGUGCCGUCUUAAAAUAAUACUACGCGUUUUACAGAUUUCUAGUUUUAAUGGCAAAAUGAAUGCAUUGAAUGAAAUCAACAAGGUGCUUGGAUAUGUAUCAUAUUAUCCUCAUCGGCAAGUAGCGGAAGACGAAAUGGAUGCACUAAAUGCGGAGAAAAUGGCUAAAUGGAUACGAGACAACGACGUUUUAGGAAUAGUUUUGAGAGAUUCACUGCACCAACCGCAAUACGUUGAGAAACUGGAGAAAAUACUUCGCUUCCUUAUUAAAGAAAAAUCGUUAACUUUCGACGAUUUGGAUGCAGUAUGGCGUGCGCAGGCUGGCAAACACGAAGCAAUUGUGAAGAAUGUUCACGAUUUGUUGGCUAAGCUUGCUUGGGAUUUCAACGCUGAACAGCUGGACCAUCUGUUCAAAUGCUUUCAGGCAAGCAUGAAAACAGCAAACAAAAAGCAGAGAGAACGUUUGCUCGAAUUGAAUCGGCGUUUGGCAGAAGAUGAUAAGAAUGGUGUUAUGGCACAGAAAGUUCUCAAGCUUUUUUGGACGUUAGCACAUAGCGCUGACAUUCCUCCAGAGGUGUUAGAUCAAGCGCUUGCCUCCCAUGUGAAAAUUUUGGAUUAUAGUUGUUCACAAGAGAGAGAUGCGCAGAAAACAAUGUGGCUGGACAAGUGCGUUGAAGAACUUAAGGCUGGCGAUGAGUGGGCAUUGUCGGCACUGCGAUUAAUCCGUGAAAUUUGUAUGCUUUAUGAAACAACAUCUACACAUACGCCUAGGGUCCACCAAAUGUUAAAUAGGCAACAAGUAAUAGAUCGACUUCAAAACGAGCACACGCUGGUAAUAUUGGUAACAAUUAGUUUGACGAAAUAUAUGGACAAGGUGCGCUCUUACGUUAAACAAAACAAUAAUGUAAAUCCAAUGCAUUUAAUGCUGGACAAACGCUAUCCACACCCACAACAGAUACAAGAAAGAUUGGAGUUCUUGAAAUUUCUUUUGAAAGAUGGACAGUUGUGGCUUUGUGCUGAACAGGCUAAACAAAUUUGGCAAUGUCUUGCGGUAAAUGCAGCAUUUCCAAGUGAUCGAGAAGAGUGUUUUAGAUGGUUCGGAAAGUUAAUGGGAGACGAGCCAGACCUGGAUCCCGGUAUUAAUAAAGAUUUUUUUGAAAACAAUUUAUUGAAGUUGGAUCCAGUUCUACUCACCGAAAGCGGUAUAAAAUGUUUCGAACGAUUUUUUAAAGCAGUCAAUUCCAAAGAAGAACGCCUGAAAGGGAAACAGCGCGGAUAUGUACUGGAUAAUGAAGAUCUGAUUGGUAAAGAUUACCUUUGGCGUGUCAUUACCGAUGCUGAGGAAGAUAUAGCAUGUAAAGCAAUCGAUCUACUGAAGGAAGUGUCUACUGCUCUUGGGCCAAGACUGCAAGCAAAUCUGCACCAGUUUCAUGAAAGCUUUAUCGGCGAAUGUUGUGAUAAGCUGCAAGAUUAUUACGAGACUAUAAAAACAUUAACUAACCUAAUUGAAGAAAACUCCAAACUUGUUGAGGAUGAUAUUAUUAGUAGAAGACUGCAGACAGCGGAAAAGAUGUGCCGCAUAGUAAAAACACUUCAAGAAUACAUCAAAGAAUGUGAUAGAAACUACACGGGCGACAGAAUGCUGUUACCUCUUAGUCGAGCGUCGCGUGGAAAGCAUAUAAAUCUUUAUAUACGUUUUCAAACUCCUAGUCGACAGUUGGAAGAUCUGGAAAUGAUUACUCAUAAUAACGAGACAAUCUUUUCCUUUAAACGUAGUUUGUUGAAGCGAAUCAAGGCGACCACCAGCAAUUUAAAAAUUGAUCUAUACAAUUGUAAUGGAGAACCAAUAGAAAUCAUUGAUGAUCGCCAUCCUCUUUCUAAUUACAACAUUCGCGAUAAAACACUAAUCACCGUAAAGCUCACCCCAAGUGGCUCGGGUUUGGCAAGUUCUCCCGACAGUUCAAGCGAUAGUAGUUCUGGAUCACCACCUAGACCUUGUCCGGAUAUGUUACGAUCAGAAUCUGAGGACAUGUUACCUGGAGUUAUUAUCUCUCGAAAGCCAAAUUAUAUGAAUUUUUUCCUCAAAAUUUAUCAACUGGGCAGUGACCUUCAGCAUGGUCUGUUGCGUGACAGUUGCAUGUUCCUGCUACAUCUUUUGCCUUUAGACAGUCUAACAGUCGCAAACAUACAGGCCAUGUGUAAUCUCAAUAAUUCUGACUUAACAAAUAACACACUGGUCGAAGAUAUUGGAGGCUCGCGCACUCCCGAAGCUCUCUUUAUCGAUCCAAGUCCGGCACGUGUCCUUUACAACCUAGAAGUUUUACACGCCAUGCUUAUACCAGCACUAGAUCCUGUGAGCGAAGUGACUCUUCACCUGCAAUCAUGUUGGUUGCAUUGCGGAGCAGCACAUUUUAUUUUAGAUUUACUGACGAAAAACAAUUUCCUGCCUACUGCAGAUAUGCACACUAAACGUGCGGCCUUCCAUUGCGUGCUUAAACUAGUCAAAUUUUUUCUUUACAUUAUUGGCUGCAUUCUUAGCAAAGUUGGCAAUGAUCCUGCACAUUUUCAUCCAGAAACAGAUCGCUCACAAGUUGAAAUUGUAAAGCAAGUCAUUCAAGCUAUUCCCGGAAAUUCAGAGUUAACUAUCAGAUCGAUGGCGUUAAAAUUGGCGCAGAAUAUUGCUGAUGAGAUGCUUUCGGCAAGUGCGGAGGGAGAUCGAUAUUGCAAACUUUUCCACUCGUCCCUUCUCUGGAAUAUCCCAGACAUGCCCACAAUCAGGGCGAUUGUGAAUCUCGCGUGGGCGGCCUCAGGUAAUAAUCUUCAAUCAAUCGGAUCUUCCGUGGACUUCAGUCAAAACAUUACUGCCCCAGAGCUUGCCGACUAUACGGUGUGCAAAGAAGCUUUAGAGGUUCUUUGCAUCGCAUUAGUUUUACAUUACGGUGCAUACGAUACACUUAGUCGUGAUCCUGCUUGGUCGAGUUUCAUUCAAUCACUGGUACUCUCAAACCCUUCACGUCACAUCAGGCAGACUGCCUACGAACAGCUGUUCCUCAUAAGUACUUACUGUGCAUCCGAUAGGCGACCAUUUCUUUUUAUGGUUACACUGCUGGUCAAGAUACUACACACAGUGAUUCCACAACAUCAGGAAACUUGCGCUGACUAUUUCCAGUUAUUCUGCCGAAUUCUCAGUUACGGAAGCUCAUAUAACUGGCCAUUACCUAUUUGUGAGGAACUAUUGAUACAAGAAAUCGACUGGCUACGUGCUGUACGAGAAAGCGUAAAGUCUACUGGUGGUACUCAAGUACAUGAUGAUCUGCUCGAAGGGCACCUGUGCCUAACAAAAGAACUGAUGUGUUAUUUAAGUCCGGAAACUAAAUCAUUGCGCAGCGAGUUAAUCAUAGAGAUUACAGAUGAUUACCUCUUCAGUGCUUCACGGCAGUAUUUGCAUCUACGCCGCAAUGGACAAAUAUUAGACAUCAACUCUCCUCCGCCCGUGUGUCGCAAUCCGCAUACGAUUUCGGCAGCGUGCGAUUUGCUUGUAGCUCUGUGUCAAAAUUCCUCGGAAAAUAUGAAAAUAUUGGUUAAAACUUUACUAGACAUGUUCUGCACAGAUAUUGAUCCGCUUCGCGAAUGGGAAUAUUUGCCGCCAGUUGGACCUAGACCUAUCCAAGGCUUCUGUGGUUUGAAAAAUGCAGGUGCUACCUGUUAUAUGAACUCUGUUUUGCAACAGUUAUUCAUGGUGCCAUCACUGCGAAUCGGAAUAUUGUCAGCGCAGGGAGCUGCCACCGAUCCUAAUGAAGAUUUUAGUGGAGAAUUAGAUUCUCAAACUGUUCAAGAAUGUGAUGACAUGGUUCGUAAGAAUUACCAUGUAGGGAUCUUAAAAUAUGUGCAAGCUAUUUUCGCUCAUCUAGGCCAUAGUUCGUUACAGUUUUACACCCCUAGGGGAUUAUGGAGUCAUUUUAAACUUCAAGGCGAACCAGUAAAUCUUCGUGAGCAACAAGAUGCCGUUGAAUUUUUCAUGUCCCUCUUUGAAAGUCUCGAUGAGGGACUCAAAGCAUUGGGCUAUCCUCAACUGAUGGGUGCUACGCUUGGUGGAUGUUUCAGCGAUCAGAAGAUUUGCCAAGAUUGUCCACAUCGUUAUAGUAAAGACGAGCCGUUUAGUGCAUUCAGUGUAGAUAUAAGAAAUCAUAGUUCGCUAACUGAUUCCCUAGAGCAAUAUGUUAAGGGAGAAAUUUUAGAAGGCGCGGAUGCUUACCAUUGUGAUAAAUGUGAUAAAAAGGUGGUGACCGUAAAACGGUUGUGUGUGCGUAAGCUGCCACCUAUUCUAGCUAUUCAACUUAAGCGGUUUGAGUAUGAUUACGAGAGAGUGUGUGCGAUAAAGUUUAACGAUUACUUUGAAUUUCCUCGCUGGUUGGAUAUGGAGCCAUAUACAGUUUCUGGACUGGCUAAACUCGAAGGAGAAGUGAUAGACAUUGACGACAGUAAGCCUGAUGACUCAACCGAAACUUGUUAUCAAUUAACAGGAAUCGUUGUACAUAGUGGGCAGGCAUCCGGUGGGCAUUAUUUCAGCUAUAUUCUUCAUAGGGGACCAGACGGCUCUGAAAAAUGGUAUAAAUUCGACGACGGUGAAGUUUCAGAAUGCAAGAUGCACGAAGACGAGGAAAUGAAAGCCCAAUGUUUUGGGGGUGAUUACAUGGGGGAAGUGUACGAUAACAAUUUGAAAAGGAUGCAAUACAGGCGCCAGAAAAGAUGGUGGAAUGCGUACAUGUUGUUCUACACGCGGUGCGAUCACACUCCGGUUACGUACACAAACUGUGUAGAGCAAUUAUCUCUAGCAGAAAGCAAACAUUGUAUUUUACCAAUGCCAGCGCCGAUUGAACAUAGUGUAAGAACACAAAAUAUACGCUUUCUUCAUGCGAAAAGUUUAUUUUCGGUAGAGUUUUUUACAUUUAUCAAAAAACUAGUUAGUUUACCACAGCUGCAGAGAAGUGAGAAAAUUGAAAAACUGCCACCAGCCGCUGAGGAACUCUCCCUACAAAGUAUACAGCUUGCAUCACAAUUUUUGUUCCACUCAGGAUUUCGCGCAAAGAAAACUAUUCGCGGGAUGGCUAUCGACUGGUAUGAAACAUUGUGUCAGCAUUUUCGAACAUCAGCAAUGGUUAGGCAAUGGUUUGCGGGAAAUGCACUACUCGACCCACCCACAAGGCUAAGUGAAUACAUACUAGCAGCACCAUCGCCCGAAAUAAGAUCAGUGUUUGGGAAGUUAAUCGUAUUUUUCUGUCACUGUGCUGCUGAAGACGAACCGCUAACUGGCUACGAAGGUAGUAACCUAUGCGAGCAAGUGCUCAUUGCCGUACUUUCAUUACUAAAAGGAGACGUUACUGAUUACGGAAAACAUUUACCACAAUAUUUCAAUUUAUUCAGCCUAUAUGCUGGGCUUGGAGUUCACGAGAAACAACAAUUGAUCAGGCUAAACGUUCCCGCCAUUUUCAUGAAAGUUGUUCUGGAUGAAGGCCCAGGAGGUCAAAUAAAGUACCAGUAUCCAGAUCUUAGCAAACUGCACCAUGUUGUCUCGGUUUUAGUGCGCUCGUGUGAUGUAUCUAGUAGAUGCCAGAACUCAAAUAGCGCUGCACCCGUCAAACCAAACAUCUAUAUUGAUCCGCAAAUAACUUAUGAUACGUUGAUGCCGCUUUCGCCAGAGUGCAAUGAAUAUCUCUUUAAUAGAGUAAGUUAUGUCAAACGACUGAUUGAAGACACCAACAUUGGUGAGGAAGGUGUCAAACUUUUACAGUAUUGCAGUUGGGAGAAUCCACAUUUUUCCCGGUCAUUGCUUGCCGAACUAUUAUGGCAAUGUGGAUGCGCAUACUGGCAUGAUAUGAGGCAUCCCACGGAGCUGUUACUUCAUAUACUGCUUAUUGAAGAUUCUUGGCAAAAUCAUAGGAUUCACAACGCCAUUCUGGGUAUCUCAGAUGACAGAGAAGGACUUCUUGACAUAAUACAGCAAAACAAAAUGAACUACCAAAAACGCGCCUACCAGUGCAUAAAAUGUAUGGUUCAGCUCUUCAACCGCAGUCGGAUUGCAUUAAAUAUGCUACACAACACGGUGCAGUUGGCACGUCAAUGGGCACUUGCUGUGGAGUGGUUACAAGACGAGCUGGAUCGACACCGAGGAUCUGGUGGACAGUAUAAUUACAAUUCCUGGUCUCCUCCCGCGCAGAGCAAUGAUAGCACAAACAGUUUCGUCCUUGAAAGAUCUCAGUCUGCCAAAAAUGUACUCCAGAUGGCUUUUGACCUGUGCCCUGAAGAAGAUCAGGAGGAUCAGAAUGAACAUGAAAUGGAAGAAAAUGUCGAAGACGAUCAAGUGGUUACUUUAGCAGUAACCGCAGCCAUAAAUGACACAACGAAGCAUGUUUGUAUACAGAAGCAACCGCCAAUGCUAACCACACCGCGUGAUGGAAAUCAAAAUUCUAGUCCCUCUUCUGUAACUAAUGUCAGUAAGCUACUAUCUAAAACAAACAUUCAUGCGGAUGUGGGGUGCGAUUCGACGGUAAAAACAAGCACUCUCAAUGUGAAUUCCACCUCUAAUACUCGACCAGAGCCGGUAACCGAAAAUGAAUCUAUGGUGAUAACACCCGAAAAACAUACAUCCGAGUUUAGUAUUAUCACGAAAAGUGCGUCAUCUCCAGCUUCACCAACCACUGGCACAACACCUAACAAUGCGUUAACGUGUAGUAUGGAUUUGCAGACCUAGGAUUUACUAACGCUUUCAUUAUGUUUCUAUGUCCAUAUUACGAUAAAUCACACUAUAAUACCUAUGCUAAGAGAACGAAAAAAUCCGAGACAAAGAGAAUGGUGUAUAAAUAAUCUUAUUUAUAUAAAUUAUUUAAAAUUCAAAACCAAAAAUAAAAAUGUAAUUUAAAAU